AUGGGUAGAGGAAAAGUUGAGAUUAAGAAGAUUGAGAACAUCAAUAGCUGGCAAGUGACGUUCUCAAAACGACUAGGCAGAUUGCUGAAGAAGGCAAAAGAAUUGGCCAUUUUGUGUGCUGCACAAGUUGCUGUCAUAAUUUUUUCUGGCACCGGAAAGCUCUACGAAUUCGCCAGUUCAUGGAAGGGAAAUGACAAGGAAAUACCGGAAACCAGUACGAGGAAAUUUUCUAAUAAACCCAUAACAAGUGUCGUUGAUAUUGAGAAAACGAAGCAGUGGGUUUGGGUGGAGAAGAGGCAGUGGGGCAACAUGUUUGGCAUUUUGAAGCGACUGCAAUUGGAGAAGGCCAAUAUUUACAUGGUUGAAGGGAGAGUAGUAAACUUAAGGUGUUUUCUUUGGGAAGAAAGCGAAGAGGGGAAGGCUGGAUGGAGGUGGAUUGAAGUCAGCGAAAAGCUUGGAAGGUCGUUCUUUGGGAAGAAAGAGAAGAGGGGAAGGCUGGAUGGAGGUGGAUUGAAGGUUGUUAAGGAGUGGAGCCUUGGUUGUGGAUUUGUAAUUGAGAUGAGGGCUGGAUACUUUGCCAUACGUGAGAAGGAUCUAUAA